UAUGUAUGUAUAUAUACUUGCCGUCAAUUCACUUUCUACCCUUAGUUCUAUCUUCAGUUAUUCUCUUGUUGAAGAAAAGUUGAACUAAAGGACUAAUGGAUCCGUGUCCUUUUGUGAGAAUAGUUAUCGGAAACUUAGCCUUGAAGUUUCCGGCUGAACACAAACUGUCCUCAAGUACGGUUUUUGAUUGUAAAUUCAAGCUUAGAAGUUUUUCCACACAAAUUUCAACUAUCCCAGCGUUUAUUCAAGAUCCAAUUCUGGAGAACAGAACUCACUCUUGUUUCAACUUGAACAAAACAGAACUUGACAAACUGGUCGAAAAAUCAAGUAUCAGAGGAAAAACUUGCAGUUUAAAGAUUGAAAUUUUUGCACGGAAAAAGGGGAUUGGUUGUGGUUUAUUGAAAGGUGGGAAGCUAUUGGGGAGCGUAUUGGUACCAUUGGAUUUAAAGGGGUUGGAAAGUAAUGGUCGCAGAGGAGUUGUGAUUCAGGAUGAAUGGGUUUUGGUUGGUAGAUCUAGUACUGCAGCACAAUUGCAUUUGAACGUGAAAGCUGAACCUGACCCAAGAUUUGUUUUCCAGUUUGAUGGUGAACCUGAGUGUAGUCCUCAAGUUUAUCAAGUCAAUGGAAAUGUUAAACAACCUGUUUUUACUUGCAAGUUCAGUUUCAGGAACAACGGUGACAGGAAUUUGAGAUCAAGAUCUUCACUAUCAGAACCAAGCACAUCAACAAGCUGCUUUAAUUCUUGCACCGCUGAUAAAGAGUUGUCAUCCCUAACAGAGCGAAAGGGAUGGUCAAUCACAAUCCAUGACCUCUCUGGUUCACCAAUUGCAGCAGCAUCAAUGGUUACCCCAUUUGUCCCAUCACAAGGUUCAAAUAAUGUCAGCAGAUCAAACCCCGGGGCGUGGCUCAUCCUUCGCCCAGGCAACGGUACAUGGAAGCCGUGGGGCCGCUUAGAAGCAUGGCGAGAGCACGGUGGUGACCUCGGUUAUCGCUUUGAAAUCAUCCCUGAUGGUGCUACUGAUGCCAUUACUUUGUCCAAUUCAACUAUCAGCACCAAGAAUGGUGGGAAAUUUAGUGUAGACAUCACCAAUGGUGCUACCCCAUUGACUAGUCCAAACAGCAGUUUUGACUUAUGCUCAGGUUCUGGAUCCGGGUCGGAUUUUGGGUCAGCACCUGGAUCCGGGUCGUGGGCACAGCUCUUGUACCGUGGAUUUGUGAUGUCGUCCACGGUGGAGGGUGACGGGAAAUGCAGCAAGCCGGAGGUGGUUGUCGGGGUGCAGCAUGUGAACUGCGCGGAGGAUGCUGCAGCUUUCGUGGCAUUGGCAGCUGCCAUGGAUCUUAGUAUGGAUGCUUGUCAGUCUUUUACUAAGAAGCUCCGGAAAGAGUUGAGGCAGUCGGAUCAAGAAUGAAGGCUAAACGGGUCAGGUUACCAUCUGGAUAUGGGUCACGGGAUCUGGGCUUUAUUGAAAUUUUGCCAACUGCCAGCAGUUUUUAGCUGGUUUAUGUUUUUCCUACGUUUUCCCUUCUACAAUAGAGUGUACAGUGGUUAUCAAUCUGUCUUGUUUUUUUUUUAAAACCUUUGCCUCGUUUGGAAGUAUUUAUUUAUUAGUUGAUUCUUGUAAACAAAAUUAAUUUUUGACAUAGUGAUGUAGUUAUGGUUAAGGAAUGAAAUUUUGAGAUCAGGAAUCCAAUGUUGGUUGAUUUU